AUGCCGCUCGACCCACCUGAGGGGCGAUACCUUCCUCCCGAAGAUCUUUCUCAGUCAGAGGAGUCCAGUUGCGAUGAAGGCGACACCCCCACUGCACGAGCUAUCACUGCCAGUAUACUUCUGACUCAGCCCACCAUUCCUGCGCAGUCCAGCCAUCAUGCAAGUCAGGUCCUGGGGCAGUACUUUCCUCCGCAUGGCAUCUCUCAAGCUCAAGCGGUAAGCACUCAUCCUGUUGUGCCUCAUAUCCAAGUAGCAGGUGCCUACGUGCCUCCGCAGGGCUUUGUUCUCACCCCCGCCACCGAACAAGCAACUAUCCCACCCCGAAACUACGUGGUCCCUCGGGUAGCACUCUCUGCCACUGUCACACCCACUUCUCAGCCUUUCACAGCUCCAGCUCCAACUAGUGUGGAUCAUGCUAGCCAAAAGCUACAACUGGAGAAUCAAGAGCAGGUUGCGAAGAACAAAGCUAUGCAAGCAGAGCUUGCCCAAUUGAAGGCCGCCGCUACCACAUCUUCGGCAUCUUCUUCAGAAGCUCCCACGACGAGUGCAGCUGAUAACCUUGUGCUAGGAGGCAACGUGGCUAUCUACCGAAGAGCCGCACGUCGCUACGCCAUUAUGCGUUGUCCUUGGGUUCCAAUCUCUGUAUUCACUGGACGAGCAUCUGAUCUGGACCCUAACGGUGUUAUGCGAUACAAGGACGACCACCAUUGGAAGCUGGGCUGGACGGCUGAGAUCUAUACUGAAGAGACUGACUUCUCAGAAGAGUGCUGGGUAGGCCUUCGCAACCAUGAGAGCACUAGAAAAUAUGUGCGAGAGCAAAUCAAUGCCGGUUGGGCUAGUGCAAUGAAUACCACCAAAGAACACAGAGACAGAAUAUUCCGAGAUCUUGCCGAGAGCGUGAGGGAGAAGCUCUUAGCUGGUCAAUACAAUGAUCCCGAGGUCGAGUAUCUCCUCAAAGGCAAGGGAGACAGCUAUCUCAAACUGUGCCCACUCAUGUACGCAGAGGGGCGCUUCGGCAAAGUCAGGGACCUCUUCAAACGAGAGGCCGCCACCAAAUUCGCACGACAGAUCUUAUUUGGAGCACAAGCACUCCUGCAGGAUUCCCAAUGCGUCCCACCUGAUAAUUGCUUUGCAGUAACUCAUGAGAUCACUGCGGCCACUGUCGGUCUAAUUGCCCUUUCUUUCAUUGGUAUCUUCUACCUUGCAAGCCCCGAUAAGGUAUUUAAUGAGAUUGGGAAGAUCACCAAGUGGCGCUACGCAGAUACACAUAUCUGGCUAUCAGAGACGAUCGCAAAGGCAAUUCAUAAAGGCAACAGUCGCAUUCUUGCAUACUGGAAUGCGAAUGUUUUUGGCUGGAUUCUCAAUGCUGCCGUCCCUCCCCAGGUACAAACAGUGGCCGGCAGCAACCCGAGCAAUGCAGACUGGGAUGCUGCUCAGUUGCAGGCAUUUGAGAAUGGUCAUGAUGCUGAAUUUGAGUCAGAUGCUGAAGCAGACACCAAUGCUACCCCUGACAGCCACAGCGAGGGAGCAGGCAUGAUGCUCGGCAUCGAGAUCACUGCCGCUACUCAUACACAUGGCUCUGUUGCUCCUCCCAUGGCCCCUCUUUUAGCUCCCCCUGGUCUCACGGUGCCUUGUCCCGCAGCUCAUCCUGUAGGUCCUCCCGCAGCUCCUCCCGCAGCUUGUCCCUCAGCUCAUCCUAUAGCUCUUCUCGUAGCUCGUUCUGCAACUUCUCCCGCAGCUCGUCCUACAGCUCGUCCUGCAGCUCAUCCUGCAGCUCCUCCCGCAGCUCGUCCAUGUUUCAUGACACCUCCUGUGGUUCCUCUCACAGUUCUCCCCACAGCUCCUCAUCUCAUAGUGCCUCCCAUGGUUCCUCUCGCAUCCCUUCCUGCAUCUCUCUCUGCUCUCACUUCUCCAGAUGAGAUCAUACCUGCCAUGGCGCUGUUGCUUGCUCUCGCUGGUUCCAUGGACUCGGUUACUCCUCUUGAAGAGCCUGCGCUGGUGCCGAAGUCAGGGUUGAAGCGGAAGACCAAAAAUAAGAAGGCAGUAGUUGAACACAGCAAGUCUGGAGCUGCUAUCUUGGAAGACAAUGAACAUAUCCCAAGAGCUAUGGGCAGGAUCACCACUUCAGGCUCCAUUCUCUCUUCGCAGAUUGCACUGGCACAUAAUUUAAUUCUUAUGCUUGCACCAAUGGUUACUGAUCAGCCAGUAUCGCAGGCACAUUUAGGAGCUAUCAGUGGCUCGAUCAGCAACCUCCGUCACCCGGAGCAUGCUCCAGACAGUCCAGCUAUGCUUCAGCAGGCUGCACGUCGUUCGACUCGUUCGCGCCCCUCCGGAAACUCCGGUAUGACCAAAUGA